AUGUACGAUUUAGAAAACAAUAAUGAUGACAUUAUGAAGCCCAUACAUCAUAUCACUGAACCCGAAAGCUCAUCAACAACGUUGUUUCGGAUUAUAACAAAUAAUUUUCGCGAAGUUCUUUUCGGGACGAAACUUUGCGUUCUUUUACCAUUGAUUCCGUUUGCGUUUGUAGCCAAAUAUUUUGAUUUCGGUAGUGCAUGGAUUUUUGCAUUAAGUUUGGCAGGACUGACUCCCCUUGCGGAGCGUGUGAGCUUUCUCACCGAACAAACUGCUUACUUCACCGGACCUACAGUGGGAGGUCUUCUGAAUGCAACAUGUGGAAAUGCAACAGAGUUGAUAAUAGCAUUAUUUGCUCUGCGUCAAAGGAAAAUUCAUGUAGUUAAAUACUCGCUUCUGGGUUCCAUUAUUUCGAACCUUCUUCUUGUUCUUGGCUCAUCUCUCUUCUGUGGAGGCAUCGCCAAUUUUGAUAAAGAACAAAAAUUUAACAAAAAGCAGGUAGAUGCCAACUCUUUGUUGUUAGUGUUGGGGUUGCUAUGCCAGAUUCUUCCAUUGCUGUUUAGAUAUGGCGGCAUGAAGGAGUCUGUUUUGGCUUCUGGUUCGGUUGUUGAAAUGUCGAGGGCAAGCAGCAUUGUGAUGCUUCUUGCAUAUGGUGCAUACCUUUUCUUUCAGUUGAAAUCUCAUAGCCAAGUUUUUGAAAUACAAGAGGAGGAAGGCCGCACUGAGGAGGUUGAACAAGAAAAGGCAGUGAUAGGAUUUUGUAGUGCAUUUGUAUGGUUGGUCGCAAUGACAGUGAUCAUAGCAAUUUUGUCCGAGUAUGUGGUGGACACCAUACAGGUCACAUCAGAUACUUGGGGAAUUUCUGUGAGCUUUAUUAGCAUAAUCUUGCUGCCGAUCGUGGGAAAUGCAGCAGAACAUGCUGGGUCCAUCAUAUUUGCCUUAAAGAACAAAUUGGACAUAUCUUUGGGUGUAGCAAUUGGCUCUGCAACUCAAAUAUCGACAUUUUUGGUUCCUCUGUGCGUUAUCGUGGCUUGGAUAAUGGGAAUCCCAAUGAGUCUGGAUUUUGGACUUCUUGAAACUGGUUGUCUUGCCUUUUCCAUUCUCCUUACCGCCUUAACUUUACAGGAUGGAAGUUCACAUUACUUAAAAGGACUGAUUCUAGGCCUUGCUUAUGUAGUAAUUGGAGCAUGUUUCUUUGUUCAAUAUGCUCCCUCCAACCAAUACAGUGCCAAUGACUUGGAUAUUCAACUGUCUUAUGAGAAACUCGAUAUUUCAUCCGCUUAA